CACGUUGGUAUGAGAAACUACUCAUUAUUUCAAAUUUUAUAUGUUAUUCUUCGAUUAUUUUGUUUUCAUUUUAUUAAAUGAUGCAUUUUCCAUAAAACACAAUGCUGUCAAAGCCGAGCCGGAGUAUGACCCGGUAACGUGAACGGCUCGGUCAUUAGUGGUCCAGCCGGUAUUAGACCGUUUAAAAACCGUUUGAGAACCGGUACCUAAUAUAGAAAAUGACGAUGCAUAUAAGAUGAGUUUUUUAUGUUUAAUUUCACUAAUUAUUUAUCUCUGAUGAUGAAUAUCUAAAAUGAUUGUAUAUGGAAAAAAUUAUUAUUUCAUUUUUUCCUAUUAAAACUUCCCUUAUUUUAACCAUUAAAAAAACUUCCCUUAUCUUUUACAGAUUCACCCACCGCUGAGUUACCCACCACAAAACUUCUUCUCCCUCUUCCUCCACUCUCUCUCCCUCUUCUGUGACACAUAACUCUGUUUUUCUCUUCAUUUUUCGGCGAUCGAUUUCGCGCAUGCAACCAGUGAUUGAAUCAUUAUCUUCUCAUAGAUCAGUGAUUGACACACAAGACAUUGGAAACACUAAUUCGUAGGUGGAAGGAGAAUGGUCUGCAUCGAAGACUACCGAUUCAAUCGGAGGAAGAAGAAACAAAUGCGCUGGCGACCGUCGAUCGAUUUCGCGUUUUCACGCUCUAAUUCGGGAGCGGCGAGGGCCGACCCACGAAUUGGGUGACCUAAGGCUCGAUGCAACAGGGGAGGGCAGCUCAAUGCAACAGGGGAGGGCAACAAGGGAGAGGCUCGAUGCAACAGGGGAGGGCAGCAAGGGAGAGGCUCGAUUCAACAGGGGAGAGGCAGAGUGUCGAUGCAACAGGGGAGAGGCAGAGAGUUGAUACAGCAGGGUCGAAAGGCAGAGAGUCGAUGCAGGGGAGAGGGGAACGAGCUGCCGCCGCCGCCGCCGACGAUGGCGACAGGCGACAGGGGAGUGGCGUCGAGGGAUGGCGAACGGCGACGGCGUCGAGCGAUGGCGAACGGCGACGGCGUCGAGCGAUGGCAAACGACGACGGGGAACGGCGACAGUGAACGGUGACUGCGGAGGGCGAGGCUUCUUCGUUCUUCCGUCUUCGUGUCUGGCUGCGCGAAGGAAGGGGGAAGAAAUGAAUUGAAUUAGGGUUACGUUUUCAUUCAGCCCCUUUCAUUUUCAUUUUCGAUUUUUGUUUUUGUUUUUUUUUUAUUAAAGCAACCGGCCCAAAUGGUAAAAGCCGGCCGAGCGGCUCGAGCGGUUCGAGCGGUUAACCGCUUCGGUCGCUCGCCGACCGCCCCAAUUAACCACUCCGGCUAAAUAGCUGAGUCGAGCCGGUUUUAUGGCGGGGUGGCGGUUUUCUCGGCUCGGCUUUGACAGCACUGAUAAAACAUGAGUCCACCAAUAUAGUGUGUGGUGCUCGCCCAUGGAGCUUUGAAGUUUAAGUUUGGUACGACCCAUGAAGUAUUCAUUCUUGUACAUGGUCAAUCCAUAUACAUUGUCUUCAUCGUAUGCUCUAACUGUAUCGUGCUAGCUCGACCAUGUGCCUAGGUAUAGUUAUAUGCAUUAUAAUAAUUAACUUUCUACCUAUUCACAACACCAAGAUAAAAACAGUCAUAAAUGCACCCAAUAUUUUAUUUUGACUACCUAAUGAAAUACUACAUUUGAA